UAAGAAUAUAAUUUGCCGUCUUUAUUGUGUUUAUGGCUAAAUUACAAAUCGCUGUCAAGUGGAUUCUUGACAUCGCGUUUUAAAUAAUACCAUAAACACAGCAUGGUGUGCUUGUGCAGACAGUGGAAAGACGAAUCAUUUGAAUGAACUAUCGCUAUUUUAACAUAGAACGAAUGCAGGGCAAGCCUUUCCCAUUGAAGAAAAUAGUCUAAAAUUACUAUUAUCUAAUAACUAUUAUAUUUCAUGUAAUUUCAAAUGCGUCUUUGUUGACAUCAGACGCAAUGUUGACACACAAAGUCAAGAUAUUCAGGCGGAUCUUGUUACUUAGUGGACUUUUUUUUUAACCUCGCUAGUUUGCUGAUUCCCCUCAAAAAGUUUCCAGAAUUCUUGUGACACCUUUCGUCUUUGGUCCGGGCAUAUAUAAACAAUGAGAAACGUUCUAGCCUUUUUCAAAAUAAAAGUAAUUUGCCUCUUUCAAGUUUCUAUGUGGGGGGGCUAGAGUCUUUGCCUAUGGGCAGCUAUAGGCUACCAGUUGGGUCUAUGGGAGUAUGUACGGUCUUCAAAAACGUGGAGAACGUUGUUAUCAUGUUCAAUGUUAAAUGCCAUUCUAACAACAGCAUUACCUAGGCUAGGUCUAAACCCACCUCUGUACCUUUCCUUUGACAGCUGUCCCAUCAUGGUUCUCUGGAUGCCUCUCUUGGCCGUUUGGCUGAGCUCAGCAGGGCCCUCCGUGGCCCACAGCUGUCCCGACGCCUGUGCAUCAUGCUCCCUGCAGGACAAGAACCGCUGUCUGCAAUGUGAAGCUGGAUGGACGCUUUAUCACAACACCUGUAUAGACAUCGAUGAGUGUGGCACGGCGCAGGGCCGCUGCCCUCCAGACACCUACUGCGCCAACACCGAGGGCUCCUACCACUGCAGAGAGUGCGACCAGGCCUGCGGGAGCUGCAUGGGCAGCGGGCCGGCGCGCUGCAGGAAGUGUGCGGCGGGCUACAGGCUGACGGGUGCCAAGUGUCUGGAUGUGGAUGAAUGCGGGGAGACCAGCCUGCCGUGCCUGGGUCUGGACGAGCUCUGCACAAACCUGGAAGGCUCUUUCCUCUGUGACUGCGCCGACGGGUUCAUUCGUAAGAAUAACGUCUGCGUGAGGACGCAGCCGCAAAGCGCCCAGGAGAAGGGUCUGUUCGAGGACGUCCCGGAGGAUGAGGUGGCCGUGCUGCAGCAGAUGUUCUUCGGGGUGGUGCUGUGUGCCCUGGCCACGCUGGCGGCCAAGGGGGAUAUGGUCUUCACCUCCAUAUUCAUGGGGGGCGUGGCGGCCAUGGCUGGGUACUGGCUCUCGGAGCGAGGGGACCGCUUCUUAGACCGCUUCCUGAAGGGGUCCUAGGAGGGCCCUGAGACAGGACCGCUUCCUGAAGGGGUCCUAGGAUGGCCCCUGAGACAGGAACGCUUCUUAGACCGCUUCCUGAAGGGGUCCUAGGAGGGCCCUGAGACAGGACUUACUGCUUGCCUCACAUGAGGACAUCGAAUGUACGCAACGUAUGUGCAUUCAGGUUCAUGUACCGUUACAUGAACCUCCAUCUCUCUGGCCAGCACCAGAACAGAUGGAGCCUUAUUAUUUUGUAUUUAUUUGAUUCCAGUUAUGUAUUUAUUUUGGCACAGGAAACUAUUUAAAUUUAUAAUGAAUCAUAUCGAUUUAUAAACAUUUUGUAUACAUUGUUUGUCUCACAUUUGCUGUCUAGAGUUAAUAAAUACUAUUGUAUCAUUUCUAUGUUAUCUAAAAAGAAAAGACAAGAGAAAUCAAUGAAUAGGAAUUGGCAUGAUACAAUAUGAUUAAAGAACAUCUGCAUUUUGA